GUUAUAUGUGCGAUCCAGAUGAUCUACCUGGAUUAGCGCACUUCUGCGAGCACAUGUUAUUCUUGGGAACGAAGAAAUAUCCUCAGCAGAAUGCUUACAAUAUAUAUCUGUCGCAAAAUGGCGGUGCGAGCAAUGCAUCUACACACUUAGAUCACACUACCUAUUACUUUGAUAUAACUCCGGGGAAACUAGAAGGCGCUUUAGAUCGCUUUGCGCAGUUUUUCAUAGCGCCUCUCUUUACGGAGAACUUGACUGAGCUGGAGCUAAAUGCCAUAAAUUCAGAACACGAGAAAAAUUUGGCGAAUGACACUUGGCGAUUUGAUCAAUUAGAUAAAUCGUCUGCAAGCCCAGAUCAUCCAUAUUCAAAAUUUGGCACAGGCAAUAGAGAAACAUUAGACAUAAUACCGAAGCAAAAGAACAUUAAUGUUAGAAAUAGGCUACUGGAGUUUCAUGAAAAGUAUUAUUCUGCAAAUAUUAUGUCGCUGUGUGUUCUUGGCAAAGAGAGUUUAGAUGAGCUCGAAAACAUGGUAGUAGAUCUCUUUUGUGAAGUACGAAACAAGGAAAUUGAAGUUCCAACAUGGCCUGAACAUCCAUUCAAGGAUGAACAUUUUCGCACUAUAUGGUACAUUGUUCCGAUAAAGGAUACAAGAAAUUUAGACCUUUCGUUUCCUAUACCUGACAUGCAGCAACAUUAUCGGUCGUCGCCUGCGCAUUACGUUUCUCAUUUACUUGGACACGAAGGAGAGGGUUCAUUAUUAUCGGCUUUAAAGGCCAGGGGUUGGUGUAACUCCCUGAUAUCUGGAAGACGCUUAGGCGCCAGAGGUUUCAGUUUCUUCAGUGUUGUUGUAGAUCUAACCGAAGAAGGUAUUAAGCAUAUCGAAGAUAUUGUUCAACUAAUGUUUCAAUAUAUCAAUAUGCUGAAGUUGAAAGGCCCGAUCGAAUGGAUUUACGAUGAAUACAGAGAUAUUGCGAACAUGAAUUUCCGUUUUAAGGAAAAAUCUUCGCCUCGUAAUUAUGUGAGUUCUAUGGUCCAAGCGAUACAGGAAUAUCCCAUGAACGAUGUUUUGUGUGCGGAACAUGUUUUCACUGAGUGGCGACCUGACUUAAUCGAGCAGAUAAUAGAAUAUCUGACACCGAAAAAUAUCAGGAUUCACGUGGUCGCAAAAGCGUAUGAAAGUAUAGCCAAUGAAACCGAAAGUUGGUACGGCACUAAAUAUAAGAAAGAGAAAAUAUCCAAGAAAAUGCUGGACAUGUGGCACCUCGCUGGCUAUAGCACGGAUCUAAAGUUGCCUCCUAAGAAUGAAUUUAUAGCGACCACGUUUGAUAUCAAGCCACAAACUAAGGUAGAAAAAUUUCCUAUUAUUUUGGAGGAUACAUCGUUUGUAAGACUUUGGUAUAAAAAAGACGAUGAAUUUCUUGUACCGAGAGCGAGGAUGAUCUUCGAUUUCGUUAGUCCGUACGCCUAUAUGGAUCCUCUUAGUUGCAACUUGACUCAUAUGUUUGUUCAGCUAUUUCGUGACUCUCUUAAUGAGUAUGCAUAUGCUGCUGAUUUAGCUGGUUUACAAUGGGAACUUACUAAUUCGAAAUAUGGAAUAACACUUGCUAUAGGUGGUUACGAUGAUAAACAACGUGUGCUGUUAGAAAAAAUCAUGGAUCGAAUGAUAAAUUUUAAGAUUGAUCCGAAGAGAUUUGAAAUCCUAAAGGAAAAUUAUAUCAGGUGCUUGAAAAAUUUCGCUGCUGAACAACCUUAUCAACAUGCAGCAUAUUAUCUUGUAGUUUUGUUGGCAGAGCAAGUUUGGCUCAAGGAUGAAUUAUUGGAAUUUACUACUUAUCUAAAUGUUGAUAGACUCCAACAAUUUAUACCACAGCUUCUCAGUAAAGUGCAUGUGGAAUGCUUAAUACAUGGUAACGUAACUAUAACGGAAGCUACAGAUGUUCUAAAACUAAUUGAAUCUAAGUUGACAACUGCAGUGCCUAACAUAGUACCCUUGUUACAAAGGCAUUUAUUAUUGUAUCGUGAAAUUAAGCUAGAUGAUGGUUCCCACUUUCUAUUUGAAGCGGAAAAUAAGUUGCAUAAAAGUUCUUGUGCAAUGGUGUACCAUCCAACUGGUUUACAAUCAACGGAAUCGAAUAUGCUUUUAGAACUUUUAGCACAAAUUAUUGCAGAACCUUGCUUCAAUACGUUAAGAACUAAAGAGCAAUUAGGUUAUAUAGUAUUUAGCGGUAUACGUAAAACGAGUGGAGCGCAAGGUUUGCGAAUUAUAGUACAAAGUGACAAACAUCCGCAAUAUGUCGAAAAACGAAUCGAUUCAUUUCUGGAUUCUAUGUUGGAACAUAUAUCUAUUAUGCCAGAAGACCAAUUUGAGGAACACAAGAAAGCUCUAGCUGCAUUACGUCUGGAGAAACCCAAAAUGUUAAGUGCACGAUGCACUUUAUAUUGGAAUGAGAUUGUAAGCCAACAAUUUAACUUCGAUCGUGAAAAUAUUGAAGUAGCUUACUUAAAGACGAUAACACAGCAGCAAUUACUUAAUUUUUAUAAGGAAAAUAUACAUAGCAAAGCUCGACAUAAACUGUCAGUACAUGUGAUAUCCACGGAAUCAUCAACAGAAAAGAAUUGGGUUAAUAACACAACCGAAGAAAUAGCCGAUUCAUCGAGCGAAGAAGCCGUUAAGAAAAUCGACGAUAUCAUGUCAUUUAAAAAUAGUCAAGCUUUAUAUCCUUUAUUAAAACCGUUCAAAAAAUAUUUUCUCAGAAAGGGCAUACGCUGUUCUAAGUUAUAAAAAAAAUUAAUAAGAUAAUA